AUGUGCGUCUCCCACGAACCCAUCCACCCGUCUAAACAUCCACGCGACGCGCGCCCGCGCCCGCGUCCCCCGGGGGUGCCCAUUUCAGUUCAAACUAGAAAAACAAGAUCGCCACCCCUCCUCCCACCGCCUGACUCUCUUCCGACCCCCCACCCCUCACGUCCGUCACCGCAGCGUGGAAUCGAACACCCAGGAGACAUCGCCGAGGCCGCGUCGCUGUCCUCGAUCGCGCUCCCGCCCCUCACGUAUCCGCUGUUCGACACCCUCGGCGACGACAUCGUGGCAACCGGCAAGCUGUCCAAGCUGCAGCUGGAAGGGGUCGCGUACGCGUGUCAGAAGCACUGCGAGCUGCUCCCCGACGGCGCACGCGCCGGGUUCAUGAUCGGCGACGGCGCGGGGGUUGGUAAGGGCCGUCAGAUCUCCGGCAUCAUCCUAGACAACUACUCCCGCGGGCGGCGGCGGCACCUCUGGAUCAGCUCAUCCGUCGACUUGCACAGAGACGCGGAGCGCGAUCUGAGGGACCUGGGAUGCUACCUGAAAGUCAUCAACGGGUGCCAGGAGCUCGACCGCGAGGGCAAACGGGCGUUCGGUUUACCCAAAGACUUCCGCGAGGGCGUGUUGUUCCUGACGUACGCAACGCUGGUGUCUCGGAACCAACGCGGGUCUCGGCUGGAGCAGAUCUUGGAAUGGUUCGGCGGCGAACACGCGGAUGGAUGCGUGCUGCUGGACGAGUGCCACAAGGCUAAGAACUUCGACGCCGGGGCGGAGACGGGGAGUAAAGUCGCGGCGUGCGUCAUCGAGUUGCAGAGGCGGUGCCCCGACGCCAGGGUGGUGUACUGCUCCGCCACCGGCAUCAGCGAGAUUGGCAACAUGGCGUACAUGCAGAGGCUGGGUUUCUGGGGCGAGGGCACCCCGUUCGGCGACGCGGAUUCGUUCAUCAAGGCGAUGAAGAACCGGGGCGUGGGUUUCCUCGAGAUGCUCGCGAUGGAGAUGAAGGCGAGCGGGAAGUACGUCAGCCGCGGUUUGAGCUUUCGUCAGGCGGAGUUUGCGAGCGUGGAGGCGACGCUGACGGAGAAGCAGACGAGGGUGUACAACGAGGCGGCGGCGUUCAUGUCCUCGCUGAGAGCGUGCCUCGCGCAGGCGCUGACGGAGACGAGGACGUCGUCGAACCGCGGUCAGGCGUGGAAGGCGUACUGGAGCACGCACCAGCGGUUCUUCAAGCUGCUCUGCGUGUCCAUGAAGGUCCCGUCGGUCGUGGAGCAGUGCAGGCGAGCGUUGCGCGAGGGUAAGUGCGCGGUGAUCGGGUUGCAGACGACGGGGGAGGCGGCGGAGGCCAGUUUGGAGAUGAGCCCGGGGAUGCGCGUGGACGCGUUCGUGUCCACGACGCGAGAGAUGCUGUUGGGUUUCAUCCGAACGCACUUCCCGGUGUACAUCGAGGACGUGGCCGCGGCGUCGGACGCCAACGGCGGACACCCGGACGGACAGAGCCUCUUAAACCCCGGAUUAAACCCCGGAACGCCCCUCGGUCCGUUGAGGGAACACCCCGACUGCGUGGAGGCCCGAAGGAUCCUUCUGGAACAGGCCGACCGACUCGACCUACCGCCAAACUUCCUCGACGAGCUCAUCGACCAACUCGGCGGACCGCGGCGGGUCGCCGAGAUGACUGGCCGCCGCGGAAGAAUCGUCCGCGUCUCGAGAAAUAAUUUUAAAAAAGUCGAGCAAGUGGACGGGGUUAACCUGAGGGAAAAGACUGCGUUUCAGAGGGGAGCGAAGCUCGUCGCGAUCAUCUCCGACGCCGCGUCCACAGGCAUCUCGUUACACGCCAGGAGAGACGAACCCAACCAGCGGCGCAGGGUGCACGUCACCAUCGAGCUCCCGUGGAGCGCGGACAAGGCGAUUCAACAGCUGGGGCGAACCCACCGGAGCAACCAGAGCUCCGGUCCAAUCUACCUCAUGACCUCCACGAAUUUGGGAGGGGAGAGGCGCUUCGCCGCCGCGGUGGCUCGCCGGCUCCAGUCGCUCGGCGCGUUGACCCGCGGCGACCGCAGGGCCGCCACGGGGGUGGACCUGAGCGAAGGUAACCUGGACUCGCCUCUGGGCCGAAGGGCGCUCAAGAAGAUGUACGACGCGCUGGUCCUGGACGGGACGCCUUUGCCGCCCGGCGCCGUAUCGCCGGGGUCCGGCGUCGUGGCGCUGCACGCGGAGCUGAGGGCGCUGGUGUGUUCGUUGGGGGUUCAGGUGGGUCUCUUGGCGGAGGGACUGUCCGAGGAGAACGUCGCGGCGCUCAUCGAAACGGGCGGCGGGACCAAGGACCAGGGCGACGUCAGGCGCUUCCUCAACCGCAUCUUGGGCCUGUCCGUCCGAGGUCAGAACCUCCUGUUCGGGUACUUCACCGAGGUGUUCGAGGCGGAGGUGAAGGCUGCCAAGGCUGAGGGUAAAUACUCGGAGGGCGUGAGCGACCUGAGCGGCAGCAACAUACACAUCGCGUACACGAAAACCGUUCUCAAGGACCCCAUGGGCAGCGGAGCGGAGCUGCGGCACUCUCGCGUGCUCAUCGACCGAGGCGUGUCCUUCGACAAGGCGAAGGAAAUUUUGGACGCCCAGCGAAGGCUUCCCAAGGACGGGUUCUACCGGAUGCGGCGCGAGAUGUACGGGCGGACGCAGGUGAUCCUCGCGCUCGCCAAGCCCGGCGCGCGGAACACGUUUUCAAUCUACAGGCCAAACACCGGCGCCAGUUUCUUCGAGAUGGACGUCGAGGAGCUCGACACCAAGUACCGCAAGUACGAGGACCGCGACGAGGAACUCGCCAGGCACCCGUGGGCGCAGACGUACGAGUUAACGGAGCGCGGGUGCAUGCACGGCGCGUCGUGCGCGGUGUCCCGCGACGGCACCGGCCGCGAGUGCACCGCGGGUUCUCGACAGGUUCGAUGCUGCAUCCUCUCCGGCGCGGUGGUCCCGGCGUGGGGCGCGCUCGAGCACACGCUGGAGAGGCACGAGCACCGGUUCAACAAGAGCGACCGGGGGAUGCGCGCGGUGAAGGUGAUCGCCGAGGACGGCACCAAGGUUGUCGGGAUCCGGUACCCCGAGGACUUGCUCCCGGAGGUGAGGGAACGCAUCGUGCGGGACUGGUUUCGGAACCAGGAGAGGGCCGAGGAGAAGGCGCGGGUCGAUCGCGAACGGAAGGCGUCGGCACAGCUGGCGGCGGCUUCGGGUGGCGCGGGUGGCGAGGGUGACGCGGUGUUGGGCGGGGGCGGGUUGCUGUCGCCCGGGGCGUCGAGGGUGAGGGUGGAGGCGCCCACCGAGGUUGACCCUCGGUGCGCGGCGAGAGCCACGCGGGAGCCCAAGACGAUGAUGCACUUUUUCCAAAAGAGGGACGACGACGGCGGCGGCGAGCGAACACAAACCCGGGGGGACGCUCCGGAGACGCGUAAGCGACCCGCGGCGGCGCCCGCGUCCGUCCCCGCCGGUAAGCCGCGCGUUCGAGGGUCGUCGACGCAGCCGACGAUCGCGUUCGCAACCACCGGUUCACAGCUGGCGUCGCGCCCGGGCGGCCGGGUGUCAAACGGAGGGGCGAAUACAUCGAAGGCUCAAUCGACGGGUCCCGGCCCGGGGGUGGAGAGGCAGAGGUGCCCGAUAUGCGACCUCGCGUUCCCGGGGACGUGGCUCAACGGGGACGUCAACGCGCACAUCGACGAGUGCAUCGCGAAUACGGUGCUGUGAGUUGACUCGCUAAAUCUUACUACGUUUCGGUCGAGUAGACGACGAACGAUUUGUAUCGCGACGCGACUGAUUUUAUGACUG